CAAAGCAUCACCUUCUCCCCCUUUUUCUCAUCUUCCACUGCCUUUCCCCUCCACAACAUGUACCUGUCUUCAUGCACAAGGCCUUCUUUCCUCCAGUGGCUUCAUCCCUCCUUUUAACUUUCUCUUAAACAAAUCAUAAGUUUUGGGCCCUACGCGCGUGAUAUUUCGAUCGCAAUGUAUGGUUUGGUUCCAUGAUGGGCUGUGACACAGGAAAGCACCUUCGCUUUUGUGGACAGCUCGAUCGGAAGAUUUCAUUGGCAUAUUGAUGAAUCCUACCAUGAAAGGAGGAGCAGACGCUCGGGUUCCCAUGACCAGCAACUGGGACUUCACCAUCCGCCAGGCGGCACAGAGCAGCCUGAGAUCGGCCCACCAUCUGUUCCACUGCAUCGCCGGGCAGAAGAUCAGCAGAAGCUCCCACGAGCUGAGCUUGAUUGCCCACGACGCGAUCGCCGAAUUCGAAUCCUUGCUCUCCUUGCUCGAUGGCUCCUUGCCAGCCCGCCGCGGAAGGAUCCGAAGGGGCCCGCUGCCGAAUUCCCCAGAAAUAAACCCAGCUGAAUUGAUGGAUCGCCGGGAUCCACCGAAGGAUGCUAUUUGCUCACUGCCCAGCGGCGCCGCCGUUCGGUUGUUUCACCAGCCGCAGGCUCAUGCAUUGCAGCGAUGUCGCUCGGAGACCGAUGCUGCAGGCUUGUGGAAUCCAUCUGUGUGGUCGGAGAGCGUCGCCGCCCGGAGAUCGAUGCUUCCUUUCGGACAUCCGAUCCUUCCAUCCGGCAGCAUGGAUGGUAUUAGCGUCAGCAAGCAGUUCUUGAGCUACCACUACCCUUCCUCAUCAUUUCAGGGGUCCAUUGAUGGUUCCUCCAUGCUGUCUUCUAAGAAGAAGCAUGGAAGUGAAAGGGGCACGAUGUGCACUGUGUCCACCGGCGGAUGUCACUGCUCGAAACGGAGGAAGCUUCGGAUUAAAAGAUCCAUCCGGGUGCCCAUGUUGAGCAGCAAAUCAGCAGACAUACCUUCUGACGAUUUCUCAUGGAGAAAGUAUGGGCAAAAGCCCAUUAAAGGAUCUCCACACCCAAGGAGCUAUUACAAGUGCAGCAGCAUGAGGGGAUGCCCUGCAAGGAAACAUGUGGAACGUUGCUUGGAUGAUGCAAGCAUGCUGAUUGUGACGUAUGAAGGUGAUCACAACCACCCAAAAAUUACAUUAGCUACACCUAGCAUCAUGAUCCCUCAUUAGAAUUGGGAGAAAUAAUACCCUAACCUGAAGGAGAGGGAGGUAGAGGCUGGUCUUUAUCACAAUAAAUCUUGCAGUUUAGAGAACAUGAUGUUGGAUGCUUCAAUAGAGAAAGCUUACUUCAUGUACAUCCAUGGUUUAUUCCAUAUCGAACAGAAAUUGCUGCUUAAUUGUACAUAUAAUCGGUUCGAUCGGUUGGACUUGUAAACUGCCAGAACCUUGUGUAUACUUUAAGGUUAGAGCUCCUAAUAUAUGGUUGUAAUUGUAUAAUGUGGCAUAUAGAGGCUGAGAACUCUCAGCACUUGCUGUUUCAUUUGUGAAAGAUUGGACACUUAGAACCUGCUGUAAUUGUAUAAUGUGGCAUAUAACAUUCUAAUUUGCAUGUUGGGGCAUGUAUAAUAAAGCCUGAGACCUUUCAGCA